AUGACGAUCGCAGAAGUAAUCAAGAACAAAUGGGGGACUCUUCCCAAAGAGUCCACCGAAUCAUUCGCAGGGCGCACUGUUCUAGUGACUGGUGCAACCUCUGGGCUAGGAUACGCGGCAGCGGCCAAAUUUGCGAGACUGGGAGCAUCCAAGGUUAUCAUCACAGCUCGAGAUGAGGCCAAAGGCGAGUCGACCAAGAAGCAACUCGAAGCAGAAGUCAGCCAGCAACCAAGUCCUUUCGAGGUAUGGACCCUCGACAUGAAUUUGUACGAUAGCGUCGUCAACUUUUCGCAAAGGGCCAACGCAGAGCUCGAUCAUCUAGACGUCGCUAUUUUAAAUAUCGGCGUCUUCAAUACCAGUUACAGGCCUACACAGUAUGGCUGGGAGGAGGAUUUACAAGUCAAUACGUUUUCCACAUCACUACUCGGUAUUCUUCUCUUGCCAAAGUUGAAAGAGUCGCAGAAAUAUACGGGUAAAAUACCAGUAUUGCAAUUCGUGAACUCGGGCCUACACAAGACUGUCGAAAUAUCCGCCGAGGCUCGCGACAGUCCGAACAUCUUGGCCCAGUACAACAAACCAGACAAUUACACCAACUCUACUGCUCAGAUACGAUACGGCUAUUCCAAACUUUUCAUGAGGAUGGUGGCUGUCCGUCUCGCUGCUGCAACGCCAUCGAACGAGCUCAUCAUUACCUCCGUGUGCCCUGGUAUUGUUUUCUCGAAUAUUCACCGCCAUAUCAAGUUCCCGGGUUUCAGUAUUAUAUAUGCCCUGGCCGGAGCCAUGUUCUUUCGGACAGCAGAUCAGGGCGCGAAUACGUACAUCAGUGGCGCAUCGCAGAACCAAGAAUUGCAUGGGAGGUUUUGGGCGAGUGAUGUUAUUGAGAAUGAUGCGCAGAGUCUUGUAGGAGAAGAGAAUCAGAAGCUUAUGCUAAGGAUAUGGGAUGAAAUCAUGGAGGAAUUAGGGAAGCAUGUGCCUGACAUCAAAGAGCACCUUCAACGUUGUGGUAUACAGUAG